GCCAAGCGAUUUCGACUUCUAUGUAAACCAAUUUUAUGAUUCAAUUUACGUGGGCUCUUUGCAGGGUAGAAUUUAUUGAUUCGACUGUGGUAAUGGUGACAACAAUUUGAGGGAGGAUUCGUCGUGUGAAAAAUGAUUAGAGCUAUUGCUAAAUUAUCUUUUCGUUGUUAAAAUGCCUCUUUAGAACUGACGAUUGUCGCAGCUGCCAGAAUAAGUUGCGAUGUCCGCCGCAGGAACACCUUCAAGGGACCCUUGGGUCAUUUUGGCCAGGGAAAGGGCCCGGUAUGAGGAACAGUUCAGAUCUCUUAAACCUAACAAUGGGGUAGUGACCGGAGAGCAAGCGAAAGGCUUUUUUCUCCAGUCGCAGCUGCCCCCUGUCACUUUAGGACAAAUAUGGGGUCUCGCUGACACCGAUGCUGACGGCAAAAUGAACAUAAACGAAUUCUCUAUCGCCUGCAAGCUGAUCAACCUAAAGCUGAGGGGCUACGACCUCCCCAAAGGUCUGCCCCCUUCCCUGCUAGCCUCUCUCAAAGCUAAUACUCCCCCCGCUAUACCUCCUCUUCCUAACGCGAAUCUAGUCAGCGCCCCUCCCAGACCAGAGCCUCCGAAAGUUGCUCCUCUGCUGGCGACGCAGUCUCUCAUCGGGGUGCAGAACGCAAUGCCGAAUCAACCCCUCGUGUCGCAAGUAGCACCCACUCAGCAGCAACCCCUGCUGCCGGGACUGAUGAGACAGCCUCCUAUUGGCGGCGAGAUGGUGAUGCCUACAGGGGUCAUGCCUCCUGUCAGUAUGAUGCCCCCUUUGGGCGGGAUGUCUGCCACAACGAAUUCUAGUAUUCCAACGGGCAUAGUACCCCCGAUGCCAACAACUAUCCAACCAGUUCAACCCCUGCUCAGCGGCAUCCCGCCUAUCUCUUCCUCGAUACCGCCUCUUGUAUCGCAUGCAACGAACUUCAAUGCCCCCCUGGUUUCCAGUAUGCCACUCUCCUCCUCUACCAUUCAACCCCUCAUACCGGGCAUGUCCGCUCCUCCGACUGCGGCUCCUCUUGUGCCCGCGGGCAUGUCUCCGGUGACGGGGCCAGCGCCGGCGAUCCCGGCUCUUCCCGCUUCCGGACCCGGGGCUACCAGCACGCCGAGGUCGAGCGUUACUAGUUUGGAGAGGAACCAUUCGAUUGAGUCUGUGUUGUCACAACCAGAAUGGGCUGUCCCUCACCAAACGAAACUGAAAUACACCCAAAUAUUCAACACCACCGAUAGGACCAGAAGUGGAUUUCUAUCUGGAGCACAAGCAAGGAACGUAAUGGUUCAAACUAAGCUGCCACAAAACAUUUUAGCACAAAUUUGGGCACUUUCAGAUAUGGACGCCGACGGAAGGUUAGGUUCCGAAGAGUUCGUUUUAGCUAUGCACUUGUGCGAACAAGCUGCUCUAGGUCAUCCGCCUCCCGCCAAGUUACCUCCUGAUCUCAUACCGCCUACGUUUCGUAGAACCAGGACCACUUCAGUGUCUAGUCAAGGCAGCGCCGCGCCUGAUCAAGAUCCUGCGGCGACAUUGCUUCAGAAUUCUUUCGAAGACAAACGAAAGGAGAACUUCGAGAAAGGCCAGGCGGAACUGGAGAGGAGACGAAAAACUUUACUGGACCAACAGCGCCAGGAACGCGAAGAACGAGAACGAAAAGAGCGCGAAGAACAAGAAAAGAAGGAGAAAGCGCGCCAGGAAGCAGAACGCAAACGACUAGAGGAGCUCGAAAAACAAAUGAGGGAACAGCAAGAGAAGGAGCGCCUGAUAGAAGAGGAAAGGAAGAGGCAAGCGGAGCAGAGGGAAGCCGCUCGCAAGGAGAUGGAAAGGCAACGGCAGCUUGAAUGGGAGAAGCAGCGACUGCAGGAGCUUCAGCAGCAGCGCCAGCGUGAACAGGAGGCCGUGCUGAAGUUGAAAGCCAAGAACCAGAGCCUGACGAUCGAACUAACGUCGCUCAACGACCAAGUGAAGGACCUGUCGCAGAAGAUUUGCGACACGCGCACAGGAGUGUCAAACGUGAAAACGACCAUCGACGGCAUGCGCCUGACCAGAGACUCGCAGAUGCAGGAGAUGUCGCAGCUGAAGAACAAGCUGAAGGAGCAGAACGCUAGACUGCUCUCGCUGUCUCAAGAAAAGAUCAAGCUCGACGCCAAGAACAAGAUAAAUGCGCAGGACUCGGAGCAAGCAAGGCAGGCGUUCGAAAACAAGGAAGUCACGAUCAAGAACCUCAAGACAAAGGUCGACGACAUGCAGGUCGAGAUCGACAGCAAGAUGGGUGACAUUGAGAACAACAAUUCGCAGCUGGCCGAGCUGCAGAGCCAGCUGAGGAGUCUGGUGGCGGACUGCGAGCAGUUGUACGGGGUGUACGAGCAGAAACGGGCCGCGGUGAUCGAGAUGAAGAACGACAAUAAGGGCAACAGUUUCGACGCCUGGAAGACGAAUGACACUUGGGGCCCAGACACUAACGAAGCGGCCCCCGAUUGGCCAGUCGAUACGAAUUGGCCGGCUAAUGUCGGAUCUGCCACGCUAGCGGCGGUCGUUAAGUACAGGGCGUUGUACGAGUUCGUGGCGAGGAACAACGACGAAAUCUCCUUCCAACCUGGAGACAUUAUUAACGUUCCCGCAGAACAAACCGGGGAACCAGGGUGGUUGGCUGGAGAAAUAAGGGGUCAUACCGGAUGGUUUCCCGAAGCUUAUGUGGAACCUAUCGAUGGUGUCGGUGUAAGAGAAACAGAUGGCGGUGAAGCUAUAGUAAACACCGAUGAAACUGAGGCAAAACGCUUGGAAGGCAUCGUAGAAGUUCCAGAAGGUUCGGAUACGACUAAUUCCUUGGAACCCGCUUCUCUCCAAAACGACGCUUCCGCAACGUUUGCAGAACCUGAAAGCGAGCCAGAAUAUUUCAUAGCGAAUUACCCGUACCAGUCGCAAGAACCCGGCGAUCUGACGUUCAACGCUGGGGAGGUUAUAGCAGUGAUCAAGAAAGAUGGCGACUGGUGGACGGGCAAGUUAGGCAGUAACGUCGGCAUAUUUCCCAGCAACUACGUUCAGAAGGUAGACGUGAACUCUUCGACGGCUAACACCGCUCCGACGGCUAACACCGCUCCGACAGCUAACACUGCUCCGACGGCUAACACCGCCUCAGAAUUUUCCACAGAGGUGUCAGCAGCGGCCGUGCAGUCAGCGCUUGAAAAUGUCAACGCGCAAGCCGAUAACGAGGUUUCUCUCAUAAAUCAGAGUGAACCUAUCGGAAAAGAAGUGCCAUUAGACGCUAACAUUCAGGCAGGCGCGCAGGUGAUGAAGAGCAAAAAGCCGGAAAUAGCUUCCGUAAUAGCGCCCUAUCAGUCGACCAGCCCUGAGCAGUUAUCACUGGCAAGGGGUCAACUGAUUAUGAUCCGCAAAAAGACUGAUUCCGGUUGGUGGGAGGGAGAGCUCCAGGCGAAAGGCAGGAAGAGACAGGUAGGAUGGUUCCCCGCGAGCUAUGUCAAGGUACUAAACAGUUCGGGCAAGGUGAGCGGGAGGUCUACUCCUGUUUCGACGACGCGGAUGCAGCAGGAAAUUGUUAUUGACAAAGUGGUUGCCUUAUAUCCCUACACAGCUGGAAACCCAGACGAACUGACCUUUGCGAAAGAUGAUAUUAUCAGUGUGACUGCCCGAGAAGAAGAAGCCUGGUGGAAGGGGGAGCUGAACGGAGUGUCAGGAUUGUUCCCAAGCAAUUAUGUAGCUCCUCUUCAACAGCAAUUGCCGCAAACCCCCUUCGACAGAAAACGGCAUGAAAGCAUCAAGGAGUUCAUACAUACGGAGCGAAGUUAUGUGAGUGACAUGUCGAUUGUAUACGAAGUCUUCGAGCAACCUCUGAGGAAGAGCAAGCUUAUCUCGACCAAGGACGCCGACGAAAUUUUCGUCAACUGGCAGGAGAUCACUCAGUGCAACAAGAACUUCCUGAAGGAUUUAUUGAACGCCAAUAAUUCUGGUAGUGAUAUGGUGGGAGAAAUCAUAUGCCGGCAUCUCCCAAGAAUGACAGCCUACAUCACUUUUUGUGGCAAGCAGCUAGACAGCGCUGCGUUGUUACAGAAAUUAACAGAAAGUUCCACUGCCUUCAGAGAAAUGGUGAAGAAGUGCCAAAAUAAUGUCGCCACCAAAGGAAUGCCUCUGUCGUCGUUUCUGAUAAAACCGAUGCAGAGAAUCACCAAAUACCCCUUGCUGAUCACCAAAAUUUUAGAGAAUACUUCUCCAAGCCACCCAGAUUUCCAAUAUCUGGAAGAAGCUCUACGCCAGGCGGAAAAAUUUCUGAACUGCAUCAACGAAAACGUUCGCUUGAAGCAAAACCAAGACCGCAUGGAAUGGCUGCAGCAAUCCGUUCAAAAUGACCUGAAUCUCGUAUUCAACAGCGACACAAACAAACUGGGACCGAGGCAGCUGCUUCACUUCGGUAUCUUCUCGAAACUCAAGACCAACAAAGAACUGAUUGGAUUUCUGUUCAACGAUUUCUUCAUGUUGGUGCAGCCUAGCAAGAGCGUCGGGUAUCAGUUCUCUUUCCAGAGAAAUGGAAAUGUAACAUAUAAGAUGUACAAACAGCCGAUUUUAAUUCAGAACUUGUCGAUAAGUAGAGAAAGUACAGACAACGUGGAUUCCGGAACUGACUCAAACAGAGUUCUAACGAUUCACGACGAGAAGAGCGCCUACAAAAUAGCUCUACUUGUUCAUACGGUGAACGAAUGCAGCUUAUGGAUGAGGAGGAUUGAAAACGCGAAAGAAGCUUGUUCGAAAGCUUUCACUUUAAGCCACCAAAACAAGAGGAAAACACUUCCUUACUUUCGAAAAUGGUUGCACGUGACUCUUGUUGAGGGGAGAGAGAUUAUUAAAGUUUGCAAUCGCCGGAAUUGUAGUUGUAGAAGGAAGAAAGGAAAAUCCCAUUAUGAGAAUAUAUACUGCAAGGUGAUGCUAGGGACGCAAGAGCAAGAUACAGAUGUCGCUAAGGAACAUCCCACCAACGGAAAUACAGUCCAUAAUAGCGCCCCGCCCAUUCCCAGUCUCGUGUGGAACUACAGCAUGCAGUUCCAGUUGAGGAACAUCAACCAGGAGGUACUCGCCUUCAUCGUGUGCGAACGCAAUGAGUUCACCCCAGACGAGUUCCUGGGUCGAGCCGAACUGAGAAUACGAGACAUACUGGAGGAGUCUCAGAACCACAACGGUCCAAUCACGAAGAAACUCAUCCUGCACCAAGUCGAAUCAGGAGAACUGGUCGUGAAACUCGAUUUGCAUCUGUUUAAUAAUUACUAAAUCAAAUUUUCGCUGUUAUUCCCGCGAUAGGCUGUGUAGGCUGUUCGUUAUGUGCACCCGUAGGAUUAAAGUUAUGCGAGUUGGCGGAUUUGCUCUCUAGGUCUAUUUCUAUGCGCGUUUACAGAUUUCGUUGUUGUUGUGGGUAUACAAUUUUUUAUAUCGUUAUAUUUGAAAUAUAUACCUUGAUCUUUGGCAGUUUCCAAGUGGAAUGGGCUUGUCUGAAGGUGCAUCUCAAUGGAAAAGUUUGCAUAGUAGGUAUUUGAGAUUUUUUUCAACGAGAAAGUUGAUGACGAGAAGCAGCUUGUGCUUUUACAAUUUUCUAUAUUAUUUCAGUUAUAACGACACUAACUUUUAUUUCUCAUUAUAUUUUUACAGGUUUUUUGCUGAAGUUUCUCUCACUUCAUCUGUUUCUGUUACUUGUGCUUUUCAUUGUAGUUUUUUUAUCCAUCUGCCUUACAAAAGUUCCGAAAUUAAGGAUUUCUAUGAGUAUAUCAUAUGAGAACAAAGCCGACUCACCUCCACAGAACUAUUACUUGGUAUUACAAAUAGUACCAUCUUGAAAAACGUAUUAUUCUUUAUGUCACGAAAUCAUACAUUUACAAACCCUAAACUGCUGAAGAAUUUGAAUUUCUAGUGAAGAUAUACAUACAAUGCAGAUGUAAAUAAUUCUUUCCCUCCCCCUUAAUUUUUGAACGCCACAAAAUAUCAAUGUUGGACUCUUUUAGACAUAAAAAGGGCAGAUUUUAAAAAGUGACUGCUCAUUUAAAUUUGGGAAACGUUUGCUUGCCUCAUUUCAUUAUUAUCAUUGUUCUAUAGUUAGAAUCAUCCUUGGGCAGUUAUUUAGAAUAUGCAUUUAUUAAAGUUUUUUUAGUCUCGCAGUUUUUCAACUUGAAAUGUUUUCUACAGUUUUUUUUUGUUGGUGUUGGCAACACUUGCUGCUCGAAGUGAUGACGUAUCAGUAUUAAUCCCUAGACAUUAAUGACAAUAACGACAUGACGGCAGUGAAACAAAAACAAUUACUGACAAGUGACAUUGUGAGAUGAGUUCAUACUUUCUUUCAACUUUUUUUCGACAUAUUAUUUAGCUUAGAAAAUUUGUGAUAAGAUUCAAUACUCAUUCACAGGGGAAUUUGAAGUUUCUAGGUUAUGUAGCAUUUGAGCAUGACAAUAAAUGGUUGACUUAUCCUAAUGAGUAUGUAAACAAUAUGACAAUUCAGUUAUAGGUAUGUGACAUGUAGAUAUUUUGUAAUUCUUCACAUGAUGUAUAUUUCAAAAUAAAUGACCAUGAUGGUCCAUAUAUUUGUUUUCAAUGAAGCAUCUUUUUUUCCAUGGGGUGCAUUACUUUUGGACAAGCACAUAUUUAUAUACUGGAUGAGUUUCAAAGUUUGUACACUCAUGUUUUGGGAGAAUAUUUUGUCUAUAUUCCUUAAGAGCAGUCACUCAUGAUUUUUCAAUUUGAGUAGAAUAGAAGUGGAAUGUGACAUCAUUUGAACUCAUUCAGUUAUUAAGUUUUUGAAGAGUUGAUAAAGCUUGCAGCUGCACGUUGUUUAUUAUCAUUAUUUACAUAUCACAUUCUUCUUGAGAUGUAUUGUAAUAGGAUUCAAUUCUGUCUCGAUGUAGUCGAAAUUAUUUGAGAUUUUCAGUAUUAACUCUAUUUCUUUAACUGGUCGACAUUCCUAUAUAUUCAUGAACUAACUUUAUUUCUACCUUCACUUUACUAGCUAAAUACUUUACAAUUUUUGUACGUUGAAGUAUUAACCUUUUUUUUUCUAAUGACACUACUACUUAACAUUAUCAUACCUCCAAAAGUUGGCGCAGCUUUAUUAUAAUUGAGAUUGUUAUGUAUUAAGAAUGCUUGGAGAAAAACAUACACUGUACCUAACAUAUUUACAAUAAAUUAUACAACAAAUA